GACCGAAUCAGUUUGGAAAAGCACUGUGAGGAACUCAAGCAACAGGUUUAUCAUCAGGCAGAACUUCUGGAACGAUUGGAAUCACAAAUCCCUGCGCACAAUCCUCCGAUUUCUGAGCACACGCCGGACCGAUGGCAACAAGAACGAGCUGGUUUGAUGGAACAUCAGUCUGAGCUUGAAGCCGCACUAUGUCGUCAAGCGGAACAAUUAAAUGUCCUCAAGGUCAGCUCCUCUAAAAAUAGUGAAUAUUAUAAAACAUUGGUAGAUCAUUUCUAUUCUCCGCAUGAGGAUUGCUAUCGUUUUUGA